UUCAGAUAUGCUCCCUUUCUUCAACCAAGCAAUUUGCAGUAUCAAAUCUCCCAUAGUACUUUCCAACAUGGAAUCAUCAAGCUCUCUUCACUAGCUGCGCCAUAUCACAUCAUAGCAGAAAUAAUUCAUGAUUGAGGCAUCAAAGGUUCCCCUAGAGGGUGGCAAAAAUAGGUAUCGAAUUCAAACCAUCCACCAUAGAAACGCAGGCCGUCCACACUUAAACAGCAAAUGGACACUUCCCUGUUCGCGAAGUCUUCAAAUCUUGCAUAUACUUGUCCAGGGCCGCCCGCCCCUUUCCUUCAAAGUACUUAGGCCCUACAUCAGGUGUGUAGUACCCCCGCGGGUAAUACUUAUCGCCCUGAUCACCGGGAAGAGGCCGACCCAUAGCCCAAGUGAGCCAUGCAACGGGGCCCCACCGACUCCAAAAAGUCGGUUCAACAUAAUAAGGCGCAGCAUCCCACUGAGUGAUAAAGAUACGGUCAUCCGCGUCCGGUUCCUCCGAGAAGGUCGUGUAACGGAGGAAAUAGGGCCGCGGAAGCGACAGGUACCGUAUGACGAAACGGCGAAUGGAAAGAAGCGAAGAGAAUAGUUUAGCAUAUGAUGCCGGCGGAGGGUCGUACCUAUAUCGGGU